UACCGACAGGGAGAAGAAGAGAGGUCUAGCGGGAACGGACAAUUCUCGUAAAGGAAAAAGAAGAGGAACCGAUUUUCUUGAAGCGUCGACUGUGUUAACUUAUUUUGUUAGAUCUUAAUUUAUUUGUUCGGACGUUAUUUACUUUCCAUUUUCAUCAUGUUUGAGGCAAGGCUUGUCCAGGGUUCUUUGUUGAAAAAGUUGAUGGAAGCUAUCAGAGACUUGAUUCCCGAAGCAAUAUGGGACUGCAGCGGCACUGGAAUCACGCUACAAGCUAUGGACAAUUCACAUGUGGCUCUUGUAGCAGUCAACUUACGGAGUGAUGGAUUUGAAACUUACAGAUGUGACAGAAAUCUUUCUAUGGGGAUGAGUUUAGCAAGCAUGUCCAAAGUUCUAAAAUGUGCAAGCAAUGAUGAUGUCAUUACAUUGAAAGCUGGGGACAAUGCAGACACUGUGACGUUUAUGUUUGAAUCUCCAAAUAAUGAGAAAGUAUCUGACUACUCAUUAAAGCUACUCGAUUUAGACUGUGAACAACUUGGAAUUCCUGACACUGAAUACAGCUGUGUUGUCAAGAUGCCCUCCCACGAGUUUCAGAGAAUCUGCAGAGAUUUGAGUCAAAUUGGAGAAUCCAUGGUCAUCUGUUGUACAAAGGAAGGAGUCAAAUUCUCUGCCAGUGGAGAUCUAGGCACAGGAAAUGUUAAGUUGGCCCAAAAUGCAAGUGCAGAUAAAGAGGAAGAAGCUGUCAUCAUUGAAAUGAACCAAGCUGUGACCUUGACUUUUGCCCUCAGAUACCUCAACUUCUUUACUAAGGCUACCCCCCUCUCUGCUCAGGUCAGCCUGUCCAUGUCACAAGAUGUCCCUCUGGUGGUUGAAUACAAAAUUGCUGACAUGGGAUUCCUGAGAUACUACCUAGCUCCAAAGAUCGAAGAAACUGAUGACUGAGGAACAAACUUGUUUUGUGAUAACAACAUUAUUGACUGAAGUGCUUCAGACAUGGCAAAGACUUUUAUACACAAUAGUACACAUCAAUCCUGUAAUAAAAUGUUAUGUAAUUUC